UGUCCUUUUUAAACAAUACCUUACCCGUGACCUCUGACAGCUCUGUCCUCUGUCCAGUUUUCUGGGUUCUGUCUGGAAUUCUGGAUACUAAACUCUAUAUUCCAAUAAAAAAUAUUAAAAAUAUAAUAAUAUUAUUUUAUAAGUGUAUGCACAGAGGAACAACACCAGUUUCGUGUGUAUCUUAAGCUGUUAUAUCUUAUGGAUACCUAAAUUUUCCAAUAUACCUGACUAGGGUUUUCAAAUUAUUUUAAGUCUUGUACUCAUCCAAUACUCUAAUAAUAGAUAUGUCCGAGAAUAUUGAAAUAAGAACAAUAAUUAGCAACAGAAACAACCAAGUAUCAGAUAGCCCAGUAACAGAUCCAGCAGCAGGAGCUAAGGGCUUGGAGGGGAGUAAUGCUUUCGUCUGUCAAAGAUCUAAGUCGGAAACAAAAACCAGUGCUCUAAAAAAAUCAAGUAGAUAUCGAAGUCGCUCUUUAUCCGCCAGUUCCACUGAUUCUUACAGUUCUGCUUCUUGUACUGGAAGCUCAAGUGACGACGAUGACGUGUCGCCAAGAGAGAAAACACAGUCAAAUUCCACCGGCCAUUCAGACUUUUGUGUUAGAAAUAUUAGCCAACAUGCCUUUGGAAGACGUGAGAUAGAGAUUGCAGAACAAGAAAUGCCAGGUAUAAUGGCUUUAAGGAAAAGAGCCGCAGACGAUAAGCCCCUAAAAAACGCAAAGAUUGUAGGGUGUACACACAUCAAUGCUCAAACUGCCGUAUUAAUUGAAACAUUAGCUGCAUUAGGAGCCAGUUUACGUUGGGCCGCUUGCAAUAUAUACUCUACUCAGAAUGAAGUAGCAGCAGCUUUGGCUGAAGCUGGUUUCUCAGUAUUUGCUUGGCGUGGAGAAACGGAGGAGGAGUUUUGGUGGUGCAUAGAUAAAUGUGUAAGUGCUGAAAAUUGGCAGCCUAAUAUGAUACUAGAUGAUGGAGGCGACGCAACUCACCUAAUGCUUAAAAAGUAUCCUGCCAUAUUUAGAAUGAUUAAGGGUAUAGUGGAAGAAAGUGUUACAGGCGUACAUCGUUUGUAUCAAUUAUCAAAAAGUGGAAAACUUGCAGUUCCGGCCAUGAAUGUUAAUGACAGUGUCACUAAAACAAAAUAUGACAACUUGUAUAGCUGCAGGGAGUCCAUCAUUGACAGUUUAAAGAGAUCUACCGACGUUAUGUUUGGAGGAAAACAGGUUAUUAUUUGCGGCUAUGGGGAGGUUGGGAAAGGAUGCAGCCAAGCCUUAAAAGGAUUUGGUUGCAUUGUUUAUGUUACUGAGAUUGAUCCUAUAUGUGCGCUUCAAGCAAGCAUGGACGGAUUUCGUGUUGUUAAACUAAAUGAAGUUAUCCGCAAUGUCGAUAUAGUUAUAACUGCUACCGGAAAUAAGAAUGUGGUUACCAGGGAGCACAUGGACAAAAUGAAAAAUGGUUGUAUCGUCUGCAAUAUGGGCCAUUCCAAUACUGAAAUUGAUAUUAAUAGUCUUAGAACUACAGAUCUCACAUGGGAAAAGGUUCGAUCUCAGGUAGAUCACGUUAUAUGGCCUGACGGAAAACGCAUUAUAUUACUAGCGGAAGGUAGAUUGGUAAAUCUGAGCUGUUCCAGUCUACCUUCGUUCGUAGUUUCCAUCACAUCAGCAACGCAGGCCUUGGCUUUGAUCGAACUUUUCAACGCUCCGGCCGGUCGUUAUAAAUCUGACGUUUAUUUACUUCCGAAAAAAAUGGAUGAAUAUGUAGCAAGCUUACACUUACCUACAUUUGAUGCUCAUUUAACGGAAUUAACUGAUGAACAAGCUAAAUACAUGGGGUUAAACAAAGCAGGGCCUUUUAAACCAAAUUAUUAUAGGUAUUGAAGAAACUAAUAAUACUAGGUUGCCGCGGUACUUAGUGUAUUUAUUCCUAGCUGUAAUAAUUUUAUCGAAAAAUUGUUUCUUGAAAGAGAAAUUUGCUAUGGCCUAAAAAUUUGAUUUCAGCUUUUGCUUUUCACUUUAGCCGUAACAACUUUUGGUAAAAUACUUGCAGCAGAUGUUAAUUAUUAUGUUAGUAUUAACUAGAAAUUGUUGACUUAAAAAAGACAGUAUUUGUUAAAAAUAUCCAUUAGAAAACGCUUUAUAUGUACCAUAUGUAUAUUUGUUAACUUUGAUCUGGAUGACGUUUUGGAUGCAGGUAUGGCAAAAUGAUAUUUUUAAUUUAGAACGGGUAACACUUACAAGCAAAUUACAAUAAUUUUAAUUUAAACUUAAAUAUAAUUGUUUUUACUUUAAGGCUUUAAUAAAACCAGAAGGUCUCUAGGCAGUUAAAACGAAAUUUGUGGUAUAUCUGACAUUUAAACCUUUAAUUAAAAAAAUCUAUGUCCCGUGUCAGUGUGCCAGUACAGCAGAGCAAAGAAAAACUUAAGGAUUGUAUAAGAUGUUACUAAUUAAUAUAAAAUUACACUAGUUAAGUAUUUUUUUUGUAUAUAGUUAAAUAAAAUCUGCUUCAUACCAUUACGCGACAUUUGACAUUUUGCGAUAAGAAAUCUUUAUUAAUAAAUGUCAAUUUUGAUUUUACUGUAUGUUGCAUUGAAUUUGCUCAAGCCCGAGUCUUCCAUGCUGGUUUUGCAUGGGCGGAUAUUUUAUUACAUUUUUUAGUUACUAAAUAACGAAACACAUUUAAAAUGUGUUGGUACGAAAUUGCCAGUUUUUUAAAUUCGGAAAGAUCAUUCGGCCGUAUCUGAAUUCGAAAUAUAUUAGAAAACUUCGCUUUUUUUCACUUUCAAAAGUCUUUUCCACUUUAAUACUCAUAUUUGUUAGUAAAAAAACGUGUAUCAAAACAUGAAUUUAGAACAUUUUUGAAACCAAAAUGUUUGCAAUUGCGUUCUGAUAUUAUUUAAAAACUAAUAAUUACUUUUGGGUUUUUAGAAAAAUAAUAUGUGUGUGUAUUAAAUGUUACCGUAUAAGUACGAACAUGAUAAAGUCAAUUAAUAUACUACAAAAUAUAAAAUCCUUCAAUUCAAGAUUUUUUUUCUCUCUAGAAAUCUUUGCCUUAACGCUAAAAACUAGGUAUUAAUAUCGAGCGUUUCAUCAAAAUUUCUUUUGCAAACAUCACGUCGCAAAAAAUAACGAGCAAUUCUAUUUCUGAAACGUGUGUUACUAGAUAUUAUCUUAAUCCGUCGCUUCUUUCUUAAUACAUUGACAAUAAGACUGUUAUAAAAAGCAAAAUGUACAAGAUGGCAUGUUCAUAAAAUUAGGGGACAAUUGUUUGGCAAUUGCAUAAACCUUUAUGUUAGCUUAUGCUUUUUUUGUUCUCAAGAUACAUGUCGUGCCUUGAAAAGAAAACUUUUAGUACUUAACUCAAAUUUCGUAAUUAUACUUUGCUUUAAAAAUACAGGUUUAAUCAAUUAAGACAACACGAUUUAAGAAUAAUUCAUACUCGAAACGUUUUAGUUAAUAGUAGUCGUGUAUCGUAACAAAACAGGUUUAAGUUUACUAUAACUGUUUAUUUAUUCUAUACGAUGAAAUAUUAAACAAAAAUAUACUUGACAUAAUAUCUUUCUUUUUGAUAUACAUUAUAUAUAUAUAUAUAUAUAUAUAUAUAUAUAGACAAAAAAAGUUACACCUAGUAUAAGUUACUGUAGUACUAAUAAUGUAAAAAACCCCAAAAGUAAUAAACGUCAGAGUGAAUUUUACAUGUUUAGGAUACAGUUUGCUAGAAAUAUAAAAAUCAUUAUAAAUAUUUUAUAUAGUGUUAAUUAAUUGUUUUUUUUUAGUUCUGUAUGUAGCUAACUUUAUACAAAAAACUGAAGUAUUAAAAUUAAAGGUCAAUAUUUUAAAAUAAAUUCUAGUAAUAGUGUAAUUUAAAUGAAAUGUAUUAUUGACCAUCCUUAAAAAAAUAAUAAACGAGAAAAAUAUUA